AUGACGAGCGUGGGAUUUUUAGGUCUCGGAAUCAUGGGCGCCCGCAUGGCGCUCGUCUUGGCGCGCUCGGGCCGGAGCGUGCGCGUGUGGAAUCGCUCGAGGGAUAAAUCGCUCAGGCUGCUCGAAGAGUUUGAAGAGACGAAAACGCCGACGUGCGGCGCCGUGGUCGUCGCGAACGCCGCGGAGGAGGUUCGUGAGCGAUGUGAGAUGACGUUCGCGAUGCUGGCGGAUCCGAAGGCGGCGCGAGCGGUGGCGAAGGCGUACGCGGGGAACGACGCGCGCGCGGCGGAUGGCGUUCGGCGGACGUACGUCGAUUGCUCCACGGUGGACGGCGCCGCGGGAGAGGAGACGAAGGCGGUGAUGAAGAGCGCUGGGAUCGAUUUCUUAGCCGCGCCGGUGAGCGGGGGAUGGCGCGAGGCGGCGAAGGGUGAGCUAUUGUUUCUAUGCGGCGGCGAUGGCGAGGCGUACGACGCCGCGUCGCCGCACCUCGAGGUGAUGGGAGCGAAGAAGUGGUUGGUCGGUGACAGCCCGACGCACGCGGCUCGAGCAAAAUUGAUGUUGCAAAUCAUGAUGGGGAACGUCGUCGCCGCGCUCGGAGAAAUGCACGGCCUGAGCGAGCGCGCCGGGUUGGACACGGAUGCGGUGCUCGAAAUGUUAUCGCACUCCGCCAUGGGUUCACCGCUCACAACGUCGAAGGGUAAGCUCAUGCGCGCGAGGAACUUCUCGCCGAAUUUCCAGGUGUACCUGCAACAGAAAGACCUACGACUCGCCCUGGAUCUCGGGGAUGAGCUUGAGUAUCCGAUGCCUAUUUCGGCCGCGACGAACUCGCAAUACUUGCGCGCAAAAUCGCUCGGGCACGCCAACAGCGAUUUUUCCGCCGUCGCUGUCGCAUACACGAACGAGCGCGCUCCGGGAACCACGAAUUAG